UUUUGUUUUGUUUUUCAUGUUGUUCGAACGUGGAGUGACGAACUAGUAGCGUUUGGGUGACCGAUUCCGAACUCACUAUCAUUCACUCAUUCCCUACUCCGCAAUCAAUAUUUGAGGAUUUUUUUGGGGUGGACUUUGUAUUCCACAGCCUUUAUUUCGAAUCGUAACUUACUUCAUUCGCUUCGCCUGACGACCUGGACCGCCUAAUUUGUGCACUUUUGGACUCGAGCUUCAGUUCCACCCUUUUGGUGUCUUUCCAACACCACAAAGGUUAAAAAUUAGCAAUAACAACACACCGAAGUACACUUAUGUGCAAUACAAGCAACGCAGGAAAAGUACACAGCAUCAUUUGCAUAAACACUCUCGGCCAUACUGGAUUAUUUGUACAUUCAAUAAUAUUUGCAGAUAUGUGCACAAUGUAAAAGUGGUGUGACGUCUGCAUCACAGUUGUUUCGGCGUUCGACUCUCAGCUCAAAUUCCAAAAACAGAUUUUAGCCGUCCAUUGUUUGCCUAUGGAUAGUCUUAGAAUCACAUAAUUCACAUUUGUUUGUGGUCCAGAUCGCGAAGAUAACCUAAUCUUGAAACAGACUAUCAGACGGACUUGUGUUUUUUCAUUUUUUUUGUUUUAUUCCUGCAUAACCCUAUCCAUAUAAAUCUUCCAUUUUCCUUAGAUGUGGCCUAAAAAGUUGAUAGUAAAUAAAGAAAACCUCCACGCAAUGACAACGUGACUGUCAUAAACAACUCCGAUCUCAACACAUUUCAAAUCUCUCACACACACUGUGUGCGAAGUGAGAGGGGGGGGCACUGCUUCCCUUCACGAUGUAUCAACUUGUCUGGUUGGAGGAAGAUCAAUUCUUCUUAUUUGUGAAAAGCUCCCGUCUCCAGCUUUUCCUUGACACCAGAACAAAAGAUUGCGUAUACGACCAGCAGAGCGCCCUAGAUGUCCAAGAAGUACGGGCCAGUGUUCACCUUCCACAUGGGGCCAAAAAAGAUCGUGGUCCUGACCGGCUACAAGGCGGUGAAGGAGGCCCUGGUCCAGCACGGGGAAACGUUUGGUGAACGAGAACCUCUAAACACUGUCAAGGAGUCCAAGCUGGAGCAUGGUGUCCUGUGGACCAACGGAGAGUCAUGGAAGGAGAUGCGUCGCUUCGCUUUGAGCAACCUGAGGGACUUCGGGAUGGGAAAGAAGGCGUGCGAGGACAAAAUCAUUGAGGAGUGUCAGCAUCUCCUAGAAGUCUUCAGGAACUUCAGAGGUGAAGCGUUCGACAACAACCAGCCGAUCAACUACGCCGUGUCCAACAUCAUCUGCUCAUUGGUUUUUGGCAGUAGGUUCCAGUAUGAUGAUCCCGCUUUCACGGCCAUGGUGCAGCGGAGCAGCAGGAGCGUUCAGAUUGUGGGCGGUCCAUCUGUGCAGUUGUACAACAUGUUCCCGUGGCUCGGGAAGUGGUUCUCCUCUGCGAGAGAGGAGCUCCGCAGUCUAGGUUUGGCCAACCGGAAGCAGGCCACAGAACUGAUCCAGCAUCUGAAGGAGACCCUCAACCCGGAGAGCAGCCGAGGCUUUGUGGACGCCUUCCUCAUCCGGCAGCGGCGCCAGGAGGAGUCCGGGGACGUGGGUCACUUCCACAAUCCGAACCUUCUGAUGACCGUCUCCAACCUGUUCGUGGCCGGCACAGAAACCACCUCCACUACGCUCAGAUGGGCGCUCCUCUUCAUGGCCAAGUACCCCCACAUACAAGACAAGGUCCACGAGGAGCUGAACCGGGUGGUCGGAGAUCGACAGGUCCAGGUGGAGGACCGCAAGAACUUGCCCUUCACCGACGCGGUCAUCCAUGAGACGCAGCGGCUGGGCGACAUCGUUCCCAUGGCGCUCCCUCAUCGGACCAGUCAGGACAUCACCUUCCAGGGAUACUUCAUCAAAAAGGGGACGACAGUGAGCCCUCUGCUGACAUCCGUCCUCCGGGACGAGAACGAGUGGGAGAAGCCGGAUUCCUUUUACCCUCAACACUUCCUGGACAAGGACGGCAAGUUCGUCAAGCCCGACGCCUUCAUGCCCUUCUCAGCCGGCCGUCGGAUUUGUCUGGGAGAAAGUCUGGCCCGCAUGGAGCUCUUCAUCUUCUUCGUCACUCUCCUGCAGCACUUCCGCUUCAGACCUCCACCCGGGUUCUCCGAGGACCAGCUGGACAUAACCCCGCGUGCGGGUUUUACGCUUAGCCCGACCGUGCACAAGCUCUGCGCCGUCGCCGUUAGCGGGCUAGCUGGCUAAGACGCUAAUGCCGUGCGCCUUUUUUUGGGGAUUGGGCAAAUCAUCGCAACUGAUAAUUAUUGAACAAAUAAUAGGAACAUUUCCCCACUCUCCCUCAUGACUCUUUGCACAAAUCUGUAAUUAUAAAGUAAAUGCUGAUUGAUAGUUUGAGAUUAUUAUUGAAUAAAGAUGCGCAUUUCAAUCAGUUCCCACAAUUAGCUCUGACAAAGGCUCCCCUUACCCAGGAGGCAUAAAAAAAGGCUGUGUCUUUGCAAAUGAUUGAUAAACUUAUGAAAAUGUUUUUCCCCCCUUAAGAGUAACCGUUUUUCACAUCUGUAAAAGUACAGUACAUGAACAGCGAAUGUAAAAAGUCUACACACCCAUGUGAAAAUUCCAGGUUUUAUAAUCUAAAAAAAACAGACUAAGAAAUUUUUAAACAUUUUCCAGCAUUAAUGUGAGUCACUGGCCGGUCUCUCAAUUUUUUUUAAUAACUUUUUUUUGUUUUGAAUCAAACUCACUUGGCGCCACGACUUCUUGCCUACCUCUUGAUUUGUUUACUUUGGAAUCAAAAGUCCAUAAAACAAAUCUCAUGCGGUUCAAAGAUCGCCUGCUGUGUUUUUUUUCCCCAUUCAACGUUAAACAUUAAGCAUGAUCCAUCUAAAAGUAAGUUUCUUUCGGUUUGUCCCGUUAGGGGUCGCCACAGUGUGUCAUCUCAGAUGAACAGACGUAUUUGUUUGGCACAGUUUUUACACCGGAUGCCCUUCCUGUUGCCUCUCAGAGAAUGGAGGCCCCAGUGGGAUAUGAACCCACAACCCCUGGUUUACCAACCAAUGCUCUAACCACUGAGCUACAGGGCCUCUAUCAAGCAUGAUCCAUCUGCUCGCUGAUUUUUUUUUAUGAAUAAUGAUGUUCACACAAUUUCAGAAUAAAUAGUAUCAUUA